UUUCUGUCGUGCAACUGCAAAAAAUACACAAAAAAAUUGUUUUUUUUUAAGACAAAAAUAAAUUAAGAGAUUUGAAAAAAAACAAGUGAAAUUUUCAAGGAAAUACUAUUGAACACAUGAAAAAUUUCACAAAUAAAAAUAAAACAUUCACUUGAAAAAUUUAGAGGAAAAUUAUUGUUGAGUGAAAAUGAGCAUCGUAUUCUCAAACGCUUGGUGUUCGUGGAUUGAUUACGAGGCAGACUUGAAAAAAUUAUUAUUUUUAUAAAAAAAUAUCGGAAAAAAGGAUAUUUAUUGAAAAAAAAGAAAAAAUAAAUAAAUAAAAUUGUGAUAUAAAAAAAUCCUCCUAUUUUUUAAUAAAUUAAUUAUUAUUAAUUAAUUAAAAUUAUUAAAAAUAUAAAAAAGUAUUUAUUAUUAUAUAUUUUGAGUAGAUUAUUUAUUGUUGUAGUUUUAUUUUUUUUAAUAAUUUUAAAUUAACUGUUAAAGUAAGCAACGUACUACUUACACGCUGUUACUUUUUCCUCCGUAUACGAAUCAAUCCACUCAAGUCAAAUAUUGAAUUAAUAAAUAAAUCUCAAAAAAACAAAAACUUUCAAAGAUGCUUCAAACACUACAAACACUCAUCAACGCAAAACAAUUAUUUAUUACGACAGUUGUUGUGGUAUUGAUGAUGCAAGCUAUGACGUGUGAUGCCAAUAACCAGCCCGAAUUGUUCCAGAGACACACACGAAAACGCUUGUGCGGCGCCGUGCUGAGUGACACGUUGCAACUGAUUUGCUCGAUGUACGUCGAAAAGAAAUCAGCUGAUGACUACGACACGUUUCCGUACAACGAGCCCAUGCAAAAGGACUGGAAUGGCGAGAUGAUUAUUCCGGGACAGGAAAAUUCGCCGUUUUUGAAUAAAAUUGCCGCUGCUGCCUUGCCACAAAGCGGAUUCCGUCGGAUUCGGCGCGGCGUCUCGGACUGCUGUCGCAAAUCCUGCUCAAUGUCGGAACUUAUGUCGUAUUGCAAUCGGAAAGGUGGUCUCAACAGCUACAACGACUAAGCAAAUUUCCCACGACGAGCCUUCAAACAAUACGUAAAGUGCCGUAAGGUCUCUUUUUUAAGUCACACGCACUCAGCUUCGAAUGAAAACCUGUCAGAAAGUAUCCCUUGAAUCAACAAAACAAACAUAAUAAUAAUCAACCUUGAGAACGAGAGCUUAAAUGUGAUCUUAAUAUUAUACUGUUUAUCUUAUAUAUAUUGAUGUAUUUUAUAAGAGUUCUCAAAAAAUACUAUAAAUAUUAUAUUAAACAUAAAAAUACCUGAAACAUUAGCACUUGAAACAUGACAACAUUUAUAGUUAUUAUUAUUAAAAAAUAUAUAUUUUGUGAUGUUAUUCAAAAUAAUAUUAAAAAAAAAACCAACAAAAAAAUGAAACUUUCGCUAAGCCAAAGCUUACAUACAAAAAAAAACAAAAAAAAAUAAUUAAAAAGUAUUUUGAGCAAAUUUUCAUCCCUGUCGUCGCGUGCUGUACUCGUCACAAAUCGCGCCGAAAUUUUGAGUCAAAA